AUGAUAUUUCGCUGUGGUGAAGGAUGUAAUAUUAUAUUUGAUGAACAGGGUGGCCUCCCUAAUCAGUGCCAGCGGUUCGGAAGGAUCAGUGUUUCUAAAUAUGUUAUCAGGGCGACUAUCGCUGACGAUAAGAUGCAGGUUAACAUGGGUCCCUCAUGGUUUCUCCCUUUACUGCUCCUGACCCUGCACCCACAGGUGGACUGCAGCGCAGUAAGAGAAAGGCCGUUGAACACCAACCGGAAUGGGAGCCAACAUAUAUAUAACUACCCACCUGAAGAGGAAUUUCAUGACGAGCAUGACAUGACACUGACCCAAACGCAAGCAGCCGCCCUUCAUUUGAGAAAGGCCAACUCCGACCUUACUACGUACUGGGAUGAUGACAACGGAUUCCCUCUCAUACCCUUCACUUUUAUUGACCAUUCCAUCAACCGUGUGACCGUGUGGAAGGCAAUCUUGAAGUGGGAACAAAGCACAUGCAUUAACUUUACGGAGGUCGAUCCUUCCUACAGCGGCGCUCACCUUAAGUUUGUCAGACACGCGGACACUUGUAGUUCCAGUGUGGGCAAAGUCUCCGCCGCUGGCCAGGAAGUCUACUUGACGACCCAGUGUGAAAACGAGGAAGGUACACUGCUGCAUUUGAUUGGGUACGCUAUCGGGUUUUGGCCGGAGGAGACCCGCUCUGACCGGAACUCAUAUAUCCGUAUCAACACAGACAAUGUGUUGCCAGUUGUUUCCGACAACUUUCCCCUCAACAAUGACAAUAGCUACAGUGUCCCGUAUGAUUACUGCUCAAUUAUGCACAGCUACGAAAGGCGAUUCACCAGCAACGGCAAGAUAACAGUUACUACUCUGAACCCGCUAUAUCAAGGGGCCAUUGGCCAGCGCUUGUAUAUCUCCCAUAUGGAUAAACUCUUGGCCAACACCAUGUACCAGUGUUCAGACAAACUGUUAAGUCAGUGUUCACUUGCGAGUGACCCUUGUCAGAACUACGGUUACUUGGACACCUCCUGUGCCUGCGUGUGUCCCGACGGAACAGAAGGGACGAACUGUGAGACAGUGACCAGUGCAUACCAGGAACACUGUCUCUCGCCUUACUCUGAAACUCUCACAACAGAAAAUGUUAUUUCUUCACCGAGUGAUUCAACCAACCCUGUUGAGGUCAAGUUCACCAAAGUUAUCGAGGCACCUUAUUGCAACAUGGUCGUUGCAUACUUUACAAAUUUCAACCUCUACCAGAGAACAGACCAUUACAUUAACGAAAGCACAACCGCUAACAUAUGUUGGUAUGACGGCCUUGAGGUUCGCACACACGACAUGUACGACGGUACUUGGUACUGCGGAACAGAAUUGCAUGAGCAAACCAUAAUGUCAAAAAACAACAUGAUGAUUCUCUACUUCACGUCGAAAAUGAACUUCAUGCCCGGAUGGACAGUCAGCAUCACGUUCGAAGAGAUAGUUGGUUGCUCAAGGUUAGUCCUCAGUCAGUACACUCCUCUCUAA